UUAAUCUAUGCGUCGUCAUUUGGAGUAUCGCGUGACUUGAACAAGAAUUCAACACUCUGAAAUCCCAAAUAUCCCCAAUUUCUCUUCCUAGGGUUUUACCUCCAGCGGAUUGCACGACAAAUCUAAAAGUCGAAUCACUUCCAUCGAAAUGGCUGAUGGAGCUGGCAGUUUGGAGGCCAAAAUUGAGUCGCUGCUCAAUGUGGAGAAGCAGAUGAGGCAAGUUGGCGACGUCGCCGGCACUCGGAAGGCCGCCACCGAUAUUCUGCAGCUAUGCUACGAAGCCGGCGCUUGGCAGGCACUCAACGAGCAGAUUCUUCUCAUUUCCAAGCGCCGUGGACAGUUGAAACAGGCUGUACAAGCCAUGGUUCAACAAGCAAUGCAAUAUAUUGAUCAGACUCCAGAUAUUGAUACUAAAAUUGAGCUUAUUAAGACACUCAACAGUGUAUCGGCUGGGAAGAUUUACGUUGAGAUAGAGAGAGCUCGCCUCAUUAAGAAACUUGCAAAGAUUAAGGAAGAACAAGGACAUAUAGCUGAGGCUGCAGAUUUAAUGCAAGAAGUUGCGGUAGAAACAUUUGGAGCCAUGGCAAAAACUGAAAAAAUAGCUUUCAUACUUGAGCAAGUCCGUUUAUGUUUGGACCGCCAAGACUAUGUUCGUGCUCAAAUACUCUCAAGAAAGAUAAGUCCUAGAGUUUUUGAGGCUGACCCAUCAAAAGAAAAGAAAAAAACUAAAGAAGGUGAAAGCAUUGUUGAAGAGGCUCCUGCUGAUAUCCCAUCUCUAUUGGAGUUGAAGCGGAUCUACUACCAGUUAAUGAUUAGGUAUUACUCUCACAACAAUGAUUACCUUGAAAUAUGCCGAUGUUACAAGUCAAUAUAUGAUAUCCCCUCUGUGAAAGAAGACUCAGCCCAGUGGAUACCGGUUCUUAGAAAAAUUUGCUGGUAUUUGGUAUUGUCUCCUCAUGAUCCUAUGCAAUCUAGCCUUCUUAACUCAACCCUGGAGGAUAAGAACCUGUCAGAAAUUCCUCAUUUCAGGUUACUUUUGAAACAACUGGUUACCAUGGAGGUUAUUCAAUGGACGGCUCUGUGGGGCACAUUCGAAAAUGAGUUUGCAAAGGAAAAGGACAUGCUUGGUGGUUCUUUGGGUGAAAAGGCAGCUGAGGAUUUGAAACUCAGAGUAAUAGAACAUAACAUCCUUGUCGUCUCUAAGUACUAUUCACGGAUAACCUUGAAGAGACUUGCAGAUCUAUUAUGCCUCACAGUCCAGGAAACCGAGAAACAUCUCUCAGACAUGGUCGUCUCCAAAGCACUAGUGGCAAAGAUUGACAGACCUCUAGGUCUGAUCUGUUUCCAAGCAGCUAAGGACAGCAACGAUAUCCUGAACUUGUGGUCAUCGAACUUGGAGAAGCUACUCGACCUCGUGGAGAAGAGCUGCCACCAAAUUCACAAGGAGACAAUGGUCCACAAAGCUGCGCUGAGUUUGAAAAGUUGAGCAAGUUGCUUAUUCCAAAAUUAUAUGAUAGGAAAAAUGGCUACACAAAUUAAUCCGUGGAAGGUAGGAUUUUGGGCCGUGAUCAUCAUCCCUCUAUAUUCGGCUUUUGACAUUUAAUCCUUCUAGUUUUCAAUCGAUUCAUUCAUUGUUUUGAGUCGAAGUAUGUUACUUGUAUGCUUAAUUUGCAGUUUCAUUUAAUAUCACAAAUUAUUGAUGUUUCA